CUCUUCUUGUUCACUGACGGUGAGGUGUGGAACACCAAGGAAGUCCUGGAUCUGGUGAAGAGAAAUGCUGGCUCUCACAGGUGGGCCACAAGCUCUGUUUCCCCUAUCAUGACCUAGUUGGAGCAGGGCUCCCAUAUCUAACUCUAUUACCUCCCACCUGAAAGGUAAGGGACAGUUCUAAAAUUACUGGGGUGGGGGAGUGGUCCACACUAGGGGAGGGUUUUAUUUUUUGGGGCACAGGGAAGGGUUGUGUAAAAUGUUCCCUCCAAGCUGCGUGCAAAAAUCAGAUUUUUCCCCUAGGUGCUAGUUGCUUAUUGGUUGAGUGGUGCAUGGGCACAGAAACCUGUUGGUGGAAAAUGUGUUGCAUAUAUUUUAUAUCAUUAUAAAUAUAGCAUCAAAAUGUUGAAAAUCUGAUUUCCCCUAGAUGAUCAUUGUCUGCAGCUGUCUCUGAUGGUAGUGUAAUGAAACAGGCAGGGAGAGUGGUGGUCGGCGAACCCUCAACCUUCUGGCCCGUAGGCAAGCCUCCAAUGUGCCACACAAGCAUGCUGCAGUGGUAAAACACAAGGUUGCUACAGCUUUUGUUAUUUGUGGUGGUAAUCAUUAUUUUUGCGUUAAUACGUAAAAAAUAUAUACAGUACAAGGGUCAUGUGAAAAUAUUUUUUACAUUUGGAACUGUCCCUAACUGGUUUUAAUAGAGUUUGUUACAGAGGCCAUUGCACCUGUCUGGAAAGUAAAGCCAGUGGAAACUAUAUCUACAAGGCUGGUAUUUUUUGACUCAAAAGAUUAUUAUUAUUAUUAUUAUUAUUAUUAUUUUUACCCCUUAGUCUUGUCCCAACGCUGCAACUCCCGUACGGACUCGGGAGAGGCGAUGGUCGAGAGCCAUGCGUCCUCUGAAACAUGACCCUGUCAAGCCGCACUGCUUCUUGACACACUGCUCGCUUAACCCGGAAGCCAGCCGCACCAAUGUGUCGGAGGAAACACUGUACAACUGGCGAUCGUGUCAGCGUGCAUGCGCCUGGCCCGCCACAGGAGUCGCUCCUGGCCCGCCACAGGAGUCGCUAGAACGCGAUGUGACAAGGACAUCCCGGCCGGCCAAACCCUCCCCUAACCCAGACUACGCUGGGCCAAUUGUGCGUUGCCUCAUGGGUCUUCCGGCUGCGACACAGCCCGGGAUCGAACCUGGAUCUGUAGUGACGCCUCAAGCACUGCGAUGCAGUACCUUAGACCGAUGCGCCACUCGGGAGGCUCAAAAGCUUCAUUGUUAAACCCAAUCUAAUGUAAACCUAUCCAACCUGUUUGUGGGCAGCAGUGUGAGAGAGUUAUGUAGGUUAGGGUUUUUUCACCCCUGUGAGAAAACAAUAUCUUUUGAAUUGGUUAUUCUUCCUGUACAGUUAUGUUUUAAUUCAGUCAGCCCAGAAGCACAAGAAAAUGGUACCAGUGAUAGUGAUUUGGUUGAUAGCCUUAUUUUGGUAUUUGACAACAACAACAAUAAUACUGUUUCCUGGGUGUGUCCCUGCCAGGUGCUUCUCCUUUGGGAUCGGGGAGGGGGCCAGCUCUGCUCUCAUCUCUGGGGUGGCCAAGCAGGGCGGAGGGCACGCACAGUUUAUCACAGGACAGGACAAGAUGCAGCCCAAAGUAAGAGAGCUUGUGUGUGAGAGUGUGUGCGUGUGCAUACGUAAAGAGUGAUGUAUUGGUUAGAAAUGUUUAUAUCACCUCCCUUAUUCUCUCUCCCUGUUUUCUUUUUCUUUUAUUUAUUUAUUUAUUUUUUACCUCUUCCCCCCCUCCCUCGCUCCCUUCACUCUCCUCCCUCAGGUGAUGCAGUCCCUCCGGUUUGCCCUGCAGCCGGCUGUGGUGGACAUCUCAGUCAAGUGGAAUGUCCCAAAGGGGGUGUCUGUCACCCCUCUGUCUCCACCAAUCAGAGUGCUCUUCCAGGGUCAAAGGGCACUGCUGUAUGCCCAGCUCACUGGGGAGGUGAGGGCUCUGCCUUUUCCUGUUAUGUGUUAAUAUUGUUUAACAUACAGUAUGUCAAUGUUAAAAGGGCUCUGGUAAGGUCAUAACUUAUUUCCAAGACAACUAUCCACGUGUUUCACUCAACCCCAUAUUUAUUUUGUUUUCUUGUUCUGUCUGUCUGCCUGUCUGCCUGCCUGCCUGCCUGCCUGCCUGCCUGCCUGCCUGCCUGCCUGCCUGCCUGCCUGUCUGCCUGCCUGUCUGUCUGUCUCUGUCUGUCUGUCUCUCAGAGCUCAGGGGCCACAGAGGGCUCAGUGACAGUGAAGUACAGCCUGGCUGAGCAGCCUGUUGAGAACCAGCUGAGCUUCAGUCUCAAGCCUGCAGAGGACACUGGGUAAAAACAACACUGUUUAUACUGUUUACACUGUGCAGGCCUUGGUCAGAUACAUUAAGGGAAUGCGCCACCACUUACAGACAAGACUGCCAUGAUGCUUCAACUUAACAGAAACUGCGCCAGCACUGCUAAUGCAUUUUAGCUAUGGAGUACGUUUUGAUACAUUUAGUAGGUACCCCCAUCCCAUCAUCAACCCUCCUCUCCCCCACUCCACCAUCUUAAUCUCUCUAACCCUUCUCUCCCUCACCCUACUUAUCUCUAUCCCUCCUCUCCAGACUGACCGUCCACAGGCUGGGGUCUCGAACCCUGAUCCGCUCCCUGGAGAUGGAAGAGAGAGAGGGGGAUGGGGAGAAGGAGGGAGUGAAAGAGAAGGUGGUAGAGCUCAGCGUCCAAUCAGGAGUGAGCAGUGCUUUUACUGCCUUCAUUGCUGUCCACAAAGGAGAUAGAGAGGUUGUGCAAGGACCGAUGCUACACAGACAAGUCCCCACACCAAGUGUGUGUGUGUCUGUAAAACGACCGAUGCUACACAGACAAGUCCCCACACCAAGUGUGUGUGUGUCUAUAAAACAUAGUAUGCGUAAGGAAAUUAUUUUCUGCAAAUAUUAUGUAAAUAGCGCUAAAUAAGUGGUAACCAUGAGCUGCAGUGUCACAAACUGUGCCCUCUGCACGUGUAAGGCCUCAGUGUUUAGUCAUAAAUGCGUUCUGUGCGUGUUCCUUUGUUUGUAACCCAGUGACCUGUGUGUUUUUUUUCCUUCUUUCUCAGUGGUGUGUGACAGCUCCAUAAAUAGGACUUUGGAUGUGAUGAGUAUGAGUUAAUAAUACUACUUUUACUAAACCCUGUUAAUACGAUCCCUGUUCAUUUGUAUUAAGAUUGUGAUCUUAUGGGUUCAUGUUUAAAGUCUACAUGUUUUGAUGAAACUACAUGUUUUUAUUAAUUUCAGGUUCAAUUCAAAUAAUUACAUUUGACAAAAUGCAGAAUUGACAAUAGACAUUUCAUAACUGUUUUCCUUUUCACAUGUCAUAGCUAUUACAGAAAUGUUGGAAUCAACAUUGUUAAUGUUGAAUUAUUUGGGGUAGAAGUAAACAGCAAUUAAAAUAUUGAAUUGUGAUCUGUUAUUGAUAGACUUUUGUUAAUGUGAAUGUACGACAUAACCCAUUUACAUUGGUUUUCAGAUUUGGAGGCUUUUAAAUUAUUAUUAUUAAACUGUGACCAAGACUCUUACAAAGGUAAUUUUAAGGGUUAAUAUCUGUGUUAACCUCAUUUCAAAUACCUGUUAUUCACAUGGGAAUUUUACAACUGUUUGAUGCUCCCCAAAGUGUUCUGUUUAUUGUGAUUGUAUUACUCAAGCACAGCACAAGGAUUUUACCACAACUGUUUUUAGGAUUAGGGAUUAGGUUAGGGUGACGCAGUUCGCCACUGGCGCUAUAAUGGGGCAGUUAAGGUAUUAGGUAUGUAACCGUUUCGAUCAUUUGUAACCGUUUCUGAUAUUGUCCCAUCCCAUCAGAAUUUGACUGUCCAGCCCCAGCCUCUAAGCCUGUGAGGGACCCUCUCCUCCAGCUGAUCUCCCUCCAGAAGGCCUCUGGUUCCUGGGGCCUGGAGCCAGCGUUGGCUGAGGUGCUGGGGAAGACUGAGGAGGAGGUGGCCAAGCCAAAGCCUGCACUGGUAGGUCCACAGAAAUAAACUGAGAGUAUCUGCACGUGUGCUCUGUAGAAAGACCAUCGGCUCUGGACAAAGGCAUGAUGACCAUUGAUUUGAAUCACCAGAUGAUUCCCAUGUCUCAGUAUCCUUAUCCUCUCUCUCUCUCUCUCUCUCUCUCUCUCUCUCUCUCUCCCUCUGUCCGUCUGUCUGUCUGUCUGUCUGUCUGUCUGUCUGUCUGUCUGUCUGUCUGUCUGUCUGUCUGUCUGUCUGUCUGUCUGUCUGUCUGUCUGUCUGUCUGUCUGUCUGUCUGUCUGUCUGUCUGUCUGUCUACGUCUGUCUGUCUGUCUGUCUACGUCUGUCUGUCUGUCUCUCUACGUCUGUCUGUCUGUCUCUCUACGUCUGUCUGUCUGUCUCUCUACGUCUGUCUGUCUGUCUCUCUACGUCUGUCUGUCUGUCUCUCUACGUCUGUCUGUCUGUCUCUCUACGUCUGUCUGUCUGUCUCUCUCUUGCUCUCUCUGUCUCUCUCUCUCUCCGCAUCUGUCUGUCUGUCUUUCUGUCUGUCUCUCUCUCUACGUCUGUCUGUCUCUGUCUCUGUCUCUGUCUCUGUCUCUCUCUCUCUCUCUCUCUCUCUCUCUCUCUCUCUCUCUCUCUCUCCGCGUCUGUCUGUCUGUCUGUCUUUCUGUCUGUCUGUCUGUCUGUCUCUCUCUCUCUCUCUCUCUCUCUCUCUCUCACACAGGUUGACCAGGAGGUGUGGGCCACGGUUCUAGCCCUGGUAUGGCUCUAUGGGUUCAAGAUGGAGGCUCAGGAGGAGUGGCAGUUUCUGGCCAUGAAGGCAGUAUCAUGGAUCCAGGCUCAGAAAGGUAGCUAUAGCUCACUCUCAUAGUCCUGGCAUCUAAACUCUUGGCCUUCAUCUACCCUUAUUCAAAAUAAAUUGUUUAUUUAUUAAUUUCCUGGUAGAGAUCUACCAUAUUACUUAAAUGACAAAUAUAUUUGUAUUUUGAGUAUAAUCAUUCACAAUACAAUGUUGGUGGUAUUUUGUCUUUGAACAAGUGUUUUAAGAUACAUUUUGCCCACCCUUGCCACCAUGAUUCCACAGUAUAAUGAUGCCUGUCCUGGUGACGUGUGUUUCAGCGGCCAGUGUGUCCGAGUGUGUCCAGGCUGGAAACACCCUUCUGGGUUGCCAGGUGCAGAAAGACACCCUGGGGCUCUGA